AUGCAGAUUUUCGUCAAGACCCUCACGGGGAAGACGAUCACCCUUGAGGUGGAGUCUUCCGACACCAUCGACAAUGUCAAGUCCAAGAUCCAGGACAAGGAGGGCAUUCCCCCGGACCAGCAGCGAUUGAUCUUCGCUGGUAAGCAGCUGGAGGAUGGCCGAACCCUCUCCGACUACAACAUCCAGAAGGAGUCUACCCUCCACCUGGUCCUGCGCCUGCGUGGUGGUGCCAAGAAGAGAAAGAAGAAGGUCUACACCACCCCCAAGAAGAUCAAGCACAAGCGCAAGAAGACCAAGUUGGCUGUCCUCAAGUACUACAAGGUCAGCAACGAUGGUAACAUCGAGCGUCUCCGCCGCGAGUGCCCCAGCGAGACUUGCGGUGCUGGUGUCUUCAUGGCUGCCAUGCCUGACCGUCAAUACUGUGGUCGUUGCCACCUGACCUACGUCUUCGACAAGCAGUAA